CCGUGGGAUCUGUAAAUGGGACACAUCGGGUUAUUAAAUCUUCGCCGUCGAUCAUACUUAAUAUCCAACAUCUUCUACUCCUAUAUAUACACGUUAUCCGGCAACAGGUUCAAAUUUUACAAACGCUGCACAGAGGAAGGCAAGGGAGAGAUUUCUGUUCGAGAAAUGGCUCGUACCAAGCAAACUGCUCGUAAGUCUACUGGAGGAAAGGCUCCCAGGAAGCAACUUGCUACUAAGGCUGCCCGUAAGUCUGCCCCAACCACUGGUGGAGUGAAGAAGCCUCACCGUUACCGCCCUGGUACUGUUGCUCUGCGUGAAAUUCGCAAGUAUCAGAAGAGUACUGAACUGUUGAUUAGGAAGCUGCCUUUCCAAAGGCUUGUUAGAGAAAUUGCCCAGGAUUUCAAGACUGAUCUGCGUUUCCAGAGCCAUGCUGUUUUAGCACUUCAGGAGGCUGCAGAGGCUUACCUUGUUGGUCUAUUUGAGGACACCAACCUGUGUGCUAUUCAUGCCAAGCGUGUUACUAUCAUGCCUAAGGACAUCCAGCUGGCUCGUAGGAUUAGGGGUGAGAGGGCUUAGAUUGAGUAUGUUCUAUUGCUUAGGUUUGGUGGCGGUAAAUUGUGGCUGUGUUCAGUUUUAUCUUCAUUAAGUGUUAAAUAGGUAAUGGAUGCUUAUUAAACUCUAGUAGAUCUUGAUGGUGGUUUUGGAGAACUUGUCUCGAUAAUGGCGGUGUGUGCUGUAAUGAAAUUGGUAAUUGUGUUUUGGAAUGCAAGUGGUGGUAUUAUAUUUGUGAACUAAUUUUCUGUU